AUGAUUACAAUCACUAAUAUGUUUUUCGUUCCUCCGCAGCCGCCAUCAUUAUCUAGAUCAGAUGCGGUGUUGUUGUCCCGAUUGGCUACUUCCGGCUUCGCAACCGUGGUUUUGGAUUCGCAAUCCGGAUCGAGAUCUGAGGUGAAGGACCAUGAUAUGAUGGUGUGGGAUUGCUACGCCAACGCCGUUGAAGUGGAGAAAACGAGAACCAUCCAAUCCAUCAUAUCGAUUCUGUACCUUUGUCAUUGUCGAUGGCGAAGGUGA